AUGCGGCUGCUUUCAUUGUCGUGGUCGGCUUGUGCCGUGGUCGGCGCGCUCACAUCGUCGAUUCCCCUCUCUGUCUCACAUGAACUCCACCUGCCAUACUAUCCUGCCAUUCAUUCACCUCAACCGUCGGACACCUUUUUGUCCCUUCAAUGGUCAGUGACAGAUGGAUGCCUGUAUGCCAAUCAUGACCAAGUGUUUCCGCCCACCACCUCGAUGCAAAUCCGCGCCCCCGAAGUUCGGGGAGGGUCUCAUGCACGACUCGCCCAGGCAGAUCUACCACUCACCUAUGCUCUGGACGCGCGACCUCUGUCGUCGGAUGAGGUGGAUGAGCAUUCCAAGAUCGUCCGGGUUCGAGUCAGAUUACUCGACCUGCAAGGCCAACCGGUCACGCAUGACGCGGUGGUCCUGGAUCUGCUCGCCCACCCAGAUGGCAGUCAGCGCAUUACCCGCCUUCGCAUCGAGCCUGGAGAUAUCCAUCGCCCGGAUCAGGACCGUCCCUGGCACAUGAAGUUCUGGCAAGGCCAAUCGUCUCGAAUCCCCCAGCACGAGGGUGACCGACACCCAUUGAAGGCUGCUUCGUCGUCGUCGUCUUUGCUCCAUCUUCCGACCACCUCGGAUCAGUCAUCCCCAGCCACCAUCGACGAUCUCACGGAAGGGACCUCGGUGGGAUUCAUUUUCUCGCCCUACUGGUCACCCUCCGCCUAUUCUCAUCGGGGUCAUGGACCCCACCGACCACAUCGUCUACCCCAUCCGUUCACGCAUCUCGUCCGACCUGCGAUUCUGCCUGCCGUCCUCGGGGUCACUGCCGGUCUGGUCGCCUGUCUCGUCGGCUUUGUCAUUGGCCAUCUGUUCAUGUCACUGGCAACUCGUCUGGGGUUGCGCAGGAACCGAUCAGAGGAGCCGCCCGCCGCCAUCGACGUGGAACAGGGCUCUCGUGAGGAGAAACUCCCCAUCAUUGUGGAGGUCUGCGAAUCUGAAGAGGAGGUGGAAUGA